CUGCUGACUAAUCGGCUGGCGGCGGGUUGGGGGGGUGGGGUGGGGUGGAGGUGGCACGCCGGCCAGAGGGCCGUGGUCACUUAUCUAGGUGUAAGCUGAAGAGGUUCGGGGGUUCCCGGGUCGCGGUCGGGAGAUAAAGUCCCGACUCCUAGUCGCGAUUCCCGCCUGGCCUUCGGGGUGGGGGGCGCGCUCCGCAGUGAGUACCCCGGACGCGUGGCCGGGGCCGGUGUGGGAGGGGGCCGAGGCCGGCCGGCUAAGUGGGAGGCCCCGAACGCCGCUCCGGGCCCCGAGACCUGCCCGCAUUCCCCCCGCCCCUCGCCCCAGUAACGGUCGAGGUUGAGAAGGCCCUUUUAAUCUUCCUGUGUCCAAUACCUUUGUUUUUACAGAAGGGGAAACUGAGGGUCAAGGAAAUUGAGUACCUUUCCAAAGUCACAAAGCUGAUUUCGACCCAAGCAGACCCUGGGACCCUCACUCUGCCCACCACCCGGAAGAGUCUUCCUUGUCCUUGUCUUCCUGUUCUGUCCUGGCUUCCCAGUAAGCACCUGGCCCGAGGACCACACUUGACCACACUCAACUGAACUAUGUGUGCCCUGGGUCCCCCUGGCCUCCUGUCCCCAGCACUGCCUCUUGCCUCUUCAGCCCUAAUGCUACUGCUGAGCAGCCUGUGGCUGGUGGGUGCUGGCCCCAGCCUCACCCUGGCACCGGAGCUGCUGCUGGACCCCUGGCAGGUGCACCGGCUGCUUACCCAUGCCCUGGGCCACACGGCCCUGCCAAGCCUGCUUCUGAGCCUGCUGCUUCUACCUGCCUUGGGUUGGCAACAGGAGUGCCACCUGGGCACACUGCGGUUCCUGCACUCCUCCGUCCUGCUUGCCCUGGCCACUGGGCUGCUGGCUAUACUGCUGGCAGGCCUUGGGGUAUCCAGUGCAGCUGGUGGCUGUGGAUACAUGCCUGUGCACCUAGCCAUGUUGGCUGGGCAGGGUCAUUGCUCUAGACAGCCCCAUGGGCUGCUGCCAUCAUGGCUGCUGCCGUGGCUGCUCCUUGUCCUGACCCCGCUGCUCAGCUCUGAGCCACCCUUCCUGCAGCUUCUUUGUGGCCUCUUUGCUGGCCUGGCCUAUGCCACUGGGGCCUUCCAGUGGCUGGACCUCUCAGAGCAGCGGCUGCAGGCGCUUCAGGAGGGCAUCUUGUGCCGGACCCUGGCAGUGUGCUGGCCGUUGAGGCUCUUUCCCACCUCAGGUAGCCUGGCUGAGCUGCCUGUCACUGAUCCUGCCAGAGGGAGGCCACCCACCCCCAGACCUCCUUAUGUGGCCUCCCCUGGCCUCUGGUCCCAAAGUGAAGGCUUAGCCCUGCUCCCACCAGGCCUGAGACCUGUACAACCGACCUGGGAGGGCUCAUCAGAGGUGGGCCUGGCCUGGGCUGCAGUGAACUGCUCCCCAGGAACUCCAAUGUGGGCAUCCCUGGAUGAGCAGAUGCUACAGGAGGGGAUCCAGGCUUCACUCCUUGAUGGGUCAGCCCAGGGGCCCCAGGGCCCACUAUGGCUCCCCAAGUCCUCCGUCUCCUCUUUGCGGCUACAGCAGCUGGAGCGCAUGGGCUUCCCCACGGAGCAGGCAGUGGUAGCACUUGCAGCCACAGGCCGUGUGGAGGGUGCUGUGUCGCUGCUGGUUGGGGGGCAGGUGGGCACAGAAGCCCUGGUAACUGAGGGAAAAUGUGGGCCUGCCCACCCUGAGGGCCCUGGGCCCCCAUAGCCUAGGCAGAGAGUGGGAGCACCAGGCCCUUGAGUGAUGAGGUCUGGCCUGUGGGUGGGUAGUAUGAGGGCCACAGGGGUAUGGAGGCAUUCUGGGGGGCAGGAUUGGAUCAUUGCUGCCCUGGUACUAUUUAGAAUAAAAAUCCACUUGUUUUUCAACCUG